GUCAAUAUUGUUGACAGUUGACAGUUUCCAAUUUGCCAAAAAUCAUGAAAGUCAGACAAAUUGUUGGUGUUAUAGUGAUAGAUUUUUAAUUAUUGCUUUACUGAACAAGGAUCUAAAGACUAUUUUUACAUGUAACCAGAAAGGCGACUGAAUGAUAUAUAUAAUUUAACUGUUUAGUGCAAAAUUUUAACAUUAUUGUAUAGUGAAACCUGAUAUUGUCGUUAAAAAUAUCUCAAGCCAAUUAUUUAUUGUUAUUAGUGCUGAAACUGAUUAAAAUGUCGCAAGCUACAGAAAAGGAACAAGCUACUUGUGAUGAAACAAAAAUAAAUUCCUUGAACAUGAAAUUGCCCAAUGUUCUUUGUUCCGCUGCAUCGAUUUCUGAUAAUUCGGAUUCUAAACCAAGUAUCCUACUUUCUUCGGAGUCGAAAUUAUCUCUGCCUUCUAAUCUUGGGACACCCACAUCUCCGUUGCGAUUGUCAUCGCCAUUAUCUUUACCCAAUUCACCCACACCUUUCACAAAGACACUCCAAAGCAGCGCUGCGAAUACGGAUGCAUCACGAUUGACCUCGCCACAGGAGAAAUCUAACCUGCAAACUGCUAAUAUGAAUAGCGGGUCUGCGACGGGAAAUCCGCGAAACAAAUGUGCUCUUCAACCCGGCCACAGUCUUAUGGAUUGGAUUCGACUCGGCAAUUCCGGGAAAGAUUUAACCGGCGUGGGUGGUCGGAUGAGGCCAGUACAUCCAUCGGAACUUGCUGCUCAUAACACAAAAAAUGACGCCUGGCUUGCGAUACGCGGUCGGGUGUACAACAUUACACAUUACUUGCCAUAUCAUCCUGGAGGGCCUGAAGAACUAAUGCGCGGAGCGGGUAUCGAUGCGACAGAGUUAUUCGACAAAGUACAUCCCUGGGUAAACUACGAUUCCCUUCUCGCCAAAUGUUUAAUCGGUCCUCUGCGCUUCGAUAGACCAGACGCCGAGGAUAUCUUCGAUACCAUCAGUUCAUCGUCCAAAUCCGAACGAUUACGUGAGCCGUCCAAAGCUCAAGAACUUGUUAGGAAAUCUAUGGAGAAUUUAGCUAAUUGUAUAACGCCGGUUAGAAAAAAAAUAAGUAGUAAAAGUGAUGAUAAUGUGAAAUCUAGUCCACCGAGUAAAAUAAUGCAAAGUUUGAUACAUUCGAGUGAUUUACCUGUGACGAUUAGUCGGAGAGCGGGGUCAAGUCCGGUUAAAAGUGAGAAAAGCAAUGACGAUAGUCCGCCUGCUUUGCGCUUUGACUGGAUACAAACUUCGACGAAGCUCACUAUAUCAGUGUACACUGGAUAUUUAGCAAAUCCGGGCGGUUGUGCCAGAUUAAUAGACGGGGAACUACUUAUAGAAGUUGUAACUAAUGAGUGGUUAAGAACUAUCAAAAUAGUACCGGAACAUGCGCUUAGAGAACCUUUGCAGUUACGUGUUUUUGCUGAAAGUGGAAAGAUUGAAGUAAUUGCACAAAAAGCGGAAAUGAAAGUAUGGAAGAAUUGCGGAGAGACAAGCUUAAGUAAUGCUGUGAAGAUGACAGCUGCGAGGACGGUGGAGUGCAGGGUCGAGGGGAGCAGUGCGGUAUCACACGACACCGUGCUGCUAGCCUUGACGCCCAGAUCAGGCCCUGUGGUUAUACCUAUAGGGCAUCACGUACGAAUACAUCAAACACUCGCAGGUUCUGAAUGUAUACGAUCGUAUACACCGGUGGGAGACAACUGGGCCGCUGUCGACGUCACGGCGCCGCUCAAACUUGCGAUAAAACGAUAUGAACUGGGCGUUCUAUCUCCGAUGCUGACGUCCUUGAAGAUCGGCAGUUCUGUCACCGUGUCUGGUCCUUAUGGCAAUUUUCAACUUCAAAAGUUAAAAACAGUAAGAAAGAUAUUCUUGAUAGCAGCGGGUACGGGGAUCACUCCAAUGCUGGGAUUAUUAAAGUUCAUGCUGUCAAGAUCGAACCCUCGAUGUGAGAGAAUAACUUUGAUAUUCUUCAACAAAACUGAACGUGACAUUUUGUUUAGAGAGAAUUUUGAAGAAAUAAUGAAACAAGAUGACAGGCUUAACGUCACCCACGUGCUAUCAAAUGCGAGCCCGACGUGGGCCGGCCGCAGGGGACGGAUAACUAAAGAGCUUUUAUCCGAAACAUUCGACGAAUCAGCUUUUAUUUCCGAUGACGAGCUUUUAAGUUUCGCCUGUCUCUGCGGACCGACAGAAUUCACGCACGCCGGCGUCGAUAUAUUGAAAAAACUCGGUGUGAAAGAAACUUGUAUACAUGCCUUUAUAGGAUAAAAUAUAAAUUAAAAUAAGUAUAGUUUGAAGUGUGUCUAUUUUUCUUAAUAAAGUACUUAUGUAAAUAGCA